AUGGAGAAUAUCGAUAGAUUGGGAUCUACUUCAACAAAUUCUGCGGUUGAAGACGGAUUAGGAUCUACAUCAAGAGGAUCUACAUCGAUCAAUGAUGGAUCGAUUAUGAAUGAUCUUAGAAAUCCAGGAGGCUCUCUUUUUGAUACGGAUUCAAAUUCGGAUUCAGAGGCAGAAUCAAAUAAUACCGCAGUUGAAGUGUCAUACUUACCUGAUUGUCCAUCCCAGCUGAAGCCUUACAUUGGUCAGAUUUUUCUUAGACUUGAUGAUGCUACUGAGUUUUAUAAUAAGUAUGCACGACAUGUUGGGUUUGACACUCGUAAACAUGGAUCUAAAAAGAAGGUGGAUCAUGUCACAUGGUUGUAUGUUGUGUGCAGUAGAGAAGGUCAGAGGAAAAUGAAAAUGCAAGGGCAUGAGUCAAAACGUAGACGUUCUUCUAGGAAGUGUUUUUGCAAGGCUAAAAUUACUUUUAAGUUUUGUAAAGGAAUAGGUUAUGUUGUCAAUCAAUUUUAUGAAAUACAUAAUCAUGAUAUGGUGGAGUUACGCCAUAAGCGAUUCAUGAGGCUGAAUCGCAACAUUGACCUAUUGCAUCAGAAAUUUAUACUAGAUUGUGCAAGUGCAAACAUAGGCCCUACACUGACUUUUAAGUUGCUGAAUGAGGUUCUUGGUGGGCUGGAUUAUGUUGGUUGCACAGUUGUAGAAGUUAGAAACUAUAGGCGCGACUUGAGAGCAUAUACUAGUGGGGCAGAUGCACAAAUGGUACUUAAUGAGAUGAGCUGGAAGAAAGAGAAUUGUCCAGCAUUCACCUAUGAUUUUGAGGUGAACUCUCAGGAUAUGCUCACUCGUCUUUUUUGGUGUGACCCCAUUGCUAAGAAGAAUUUCCAUCUCUACGGAAAAGACAACCAUGGGAGACCUGUAGCAUUUGGUGCAGGCUUAUUAUCUAAAGAAAAUGCUGAUUCCUUCGCAUGGUUGUUUGAACGUUUUGUCAAAUGUAUGGGUUCUGCACCAAAAUUGAUCAUUACUGAUCAGGAUUUGGGAAUGAAGGUUGCUGUGGAAAGAGUCCUUGUUGAUACAAGACAUCGAUGGUGCAUGUGGCGCAUCAUGUUUAAGGUUGUGGAAAAGUUACCAAAGAAUCUACUUGGCAAUGAAGAUUUGAAAAAAGAGUUAAACAAUUGUGUGUGGUCUGAGCUGAUAGAGCCUGAAGAAUUUGAUGAAGAAUGGAAUAAAGUAAUGGAAAAAUAUGGGCUUAAGGACAAUGAGUGGUUUUCCUCGAUGUUUGCCUCUCGAAAAUUUUGGGUGCCUGCAUUCUUUAGGGAUUUUCCAAUGAGUUCACUAAUAAAGACCACAUCAAUAUCUGAAUCUCAGAACAUAUUCUUCAAGAGGUACUCCAAGUCUCGUUCUAAUCUUGUUGAAUUUCUUAUGAAUUACAACAAUGCAUUGGAUGGCCAAAGGAGCAACAACAAUAGGCUAGAAUACUUGGAUUUUAAUACAAUUCCAACUUUGAAAACAAAUUCAGCCCUCGAGAAGCAUGCUUCAACAAUAUAUAGUGAUAGUGGUUUCAAACUAAUUCAAAGUGAGAUAGAGGAAGCAGUUGACAAUGUCACUAUGGUGACAGUGUCAAACAUUGGUGAGAAUGAGAUUUAUGUAGUCAACGACAAGUUCUCGAAGAACUGGACUGUGUCAUACUCCACAUCUUUUGAUUCAUAUGCAUGUAGUUGUAAGAUGUUUGGGAGGAUUGGGCUUGUAUGCAGUCACAUUUUUUGGGUCUUGAGAAACAAAAAAAUAAAAUUAAUCCCUAAUGAGUUACAUGGAGGACGAUGGUUGAAGUCUAAAUUUGUCAAGGCUGUUCAUUGUGGGUUUGAUGAUGAUAUUGAAACAUUUAUUGUUGCGGAUGAGACGAAGCAGGAGUAUAGGGAUAUGCAUGGAGAUUUUUAUGAUAUUGCACGACUUAUUGAAGGAGAUAGUGAUAAAAUUCGAGCAUUUAGACAAAUUAUGGCUGAAGGGAGAAAAGAAGUACUUGGUGAGGGAAAUGUGUUGUCAAUUAGUGAAAAGAGAUUAAUGAUUGAGAAUUUUUAUGGAUCACAUGUCCCUAGUCAAAUAGAUGUUCAUCCGCCAGAUGUCGUCAAAACCAAAGGUUGUGGUCGACGUCUUUCUCGGCUUGAGAAGGAAAUGAGAGAGAUGUCCAAGCCUGGUCGGAAAUGUGGAAAAUGCGGCGAGGUUGGUCGGCAUGAUUCAAGAAAUUGUGAUAAGAUACAUGAGGAGAAUAACAAGAAAAAGAGGAGAAACCAAUGUUAA